AUGAUUACAGCAUUGGCUAGACGUAUUUGUGCCCAACCGUUGAGGACUGCAUGCAGAAGUUAUGUCAGCUUUGCACCGGCCUCCGAAACCAAACAACUCGACGAACUGCAACGAUUGGCACUGGAGGAACAAUGCAUCUUGGUGAAUGAAAAUGAUCAAGUGAUUGGGCAUACCUCCAAGGCGGAUUGUCACAGAGUCCAUCCACAAAACAAGGAAGUGAAAUUGCAUCGCGCCUUCUCUGUGUUUCUGUUCAACACCAAGGGAGAAAUGUUGGUCCAGAAAAGGUCAGAUCACAAGAUAACAUUCCCUAAUACCUAUACAAAUGCCUGUUGCAGUCAUCCGCUGUAUGAAAUCGAAGUCGAACGAGAUGAAUUGAAUUGCUUUGGCAUACGCAAGGCCGCUCAACGCAGACUAAACUAUGAGCUGGGCAUACCCACCAACCAAAUAAGGCCAGAGAAUUUCCAUUAUUUGACAAGGAUUCAUUAUGCCAAUACCGGAGAUGGUGUAUGGGGUGAACAUGAAAUCGACUACAUUCUGUUUCUCCAGAAAGAUGUCGAUAUCAAGCCAAAUAUGAAUGAAGUCAGCGAUGUACGUUUCGUCAAACGUCAGAAUAUUGAUGAGGAGAUUUCAAAAUUCGAUGCCCCUUUGACACCAUGGUUUAAGUUAAUAUUGAAAAAUCAUUUAUUGCUGUGGUGGGACAAUUUGCAUCAGCUGAAAAAGUUCGAAGAUCACAAGAACAUACACCGCUAUUGAUUAGGAAAUG